AUGCUCAGCGACACGGUGUAUUUAGUUUAUGGUAAAGAAGAAAGAAUACAAUUAUGGUAUUAUAUUCUUGUUCCUAUUAACAAAUUUGCCGAAAUAAAAGCCAAUCGACAAAUGUCAAUAAGCGAUAUUAAAAAAAUUGGUCGCAUGAUUGAAUAUCUCAAUAAUCGAGAUCAAAAUAAACAAAUGUCUGGAUUGGAAAUUGAACCACCCAAAAUAUUUCAGAAAUGGAUUGCAGAACAUUAUAGUAAGAAAAAGGCAAUGGCUUUAAUUUAUUUUCAUGGUGAAGUAGAUUAA